CCUCUUGUUCUCACAUCUCUCCUCACCUCAAACCACUCUCUGCAAACCAACCAAUCCUCCUUCUCUUCCUCUUUUGAUCCUUUUCAUUUCAAACGCUAAGAUCAUGGGUGUUUUCACUUACGAGAGUGAGGUCACUUCCUCGGUUCCCCCAGCCAAGAUGUUCAAGGCCGCUAUCCUCGAUUCUGAGAACCUCAUUCCCAAGAUAAGGCCUCAAGAUAUCAAGAGUGUGGAAAUCCUACAAGGACAGGGAGGUCCCGGAACCAUCAAGAAGAUUCACUUUGGUGAAGGAGAUGAGAUAUUCAUGAUGGGUUGGGACGGAGAGGCUCCACAGCCUAUCAGUUUAUAUACAGAUUCAGACUUUAGUGGAUAUAUCCAUGGCCAGCAGACCCCUAGGCCAUUCAGACUAUUUCCAGAUGAGAUUCUCGGACAGACUUUAUUCCCGCUAGUAUACCUUCAGCAUGUUCCGCCCUUCCCGGAGGUGUAUGGGCCCAUUCAUAGAGAUGUACAGAUUGCUACGAGGAGUGGGAGGAUAGCUCAGCCCCCACCUAUUGAUAGACGUUUUAUGGAUUCUAGAGAGGAGGUUCAGAGGGAGGAUGAUGAGAUAUUGCGCCAGCUGCGCACCACACAUGCCCGCAUAUCCAUCAGGAAUCUAUUGGCCUUAUCCAGCACUCAUAGAGAUGCAUUGAACAGAGCACUUAGUCAGAUCAGAGUUGACACUGCUACUACCCCUGAGGGACUUAUUCACUUCUUGACAGCUGAUAGACCUACUUGCAUUGUAUUUUCAAAUGAUGACUUGCCACCAGAGGGGUCAGACCAUGUUCGACCCCUAUUCAUUGACGUUGCUUGUUUAGGUCAUCGGGUGCCGUCUGUCCUACUGGACAACGGCUCCGCCCUGAACGUUUGUCCAUUAGUUACUGCUAUUGCUUUGGGAUUUUCACCAUCCGAUUUUGGGUCAUCUACGCAGACCAUCAGAGCAUAUGACGGGACUCAAAGGACAGUUAUGGGUACUCUCACUACACAUGUCAUGAUAGGGCCAGUAAGAUAUUCUAUACUCUUUCAUGUUUUGAGGAUUCAGUCAUCCUUUAACCUGCUUUUGGGCCGCCCUUGGAUUCAUAAGGCGGGUGCUAUACCAUCUUCCCUUCAUCAGAAGGUGAAGUUCAUACACGAGGGAUGCAUUAUCACGAUACAGUCUGACAGAGACAUUGUUACUUCUUCUGAGCCGGUGCUACAGAUUAGCCAUAGUGAAGAUGACCUACAUUUGACCGAUUUCACCUUUGAUGAGGUUCAAGUUGUCAGUCUAGAGGAUGACAGCAGAGAUAUGGUACCCAUGUCGUUCGACCAGUAUAGCAGUACUAUGAUACUGAGCAUGAUGAGAGGCAUGUCCUAUAUGCCUGGUUUGGGAUUGGGCUGCCGCUAGCAGGGGCCACGUGAGUUUGUUUUCACCAUUGAUCAUGAUGUACCCUAUGGAUUAGGCUAUACUCCUUCUGAGGAGGAUGCACAACACAUGGCGCGGCUGCACUGGGACAGAGUGAGAGCUCACUUGUCCGGGGUUCCAUUCGAUUACCUCCUUCGCCCAUACACCCUUCAGUUGACUGAUUAUUUUGUGAGAGGAUCAGAGCAUGCACCUCACACGGAAGGAGUCGACCAUGUUUCCGAGACAGUUGAGGUUCAGGGUAUCCAGCAGGCCAUAGGACAGAUGUGUCUGAGUUCCGACAUUACUGAGGCUUUCGAUGCCAUGAUAAUUGCACCCCCGUCGCCGGGCAGGGCUAGUGUGUUCCCUAUUUACUUUCCUGAGGAAGCUUCUGACUAUGAUUUGCCUAUGGAUUCAGGGGAUGGUACCGAUGGUGUGAUUCUGUCUAACACUUACAUGGACAAGAUGGACAUGAUCAGCACUGGUCGUAUUCUUGAUAGCCCCGCACGAGCUUCAUUCCGCAUUUGAUAUGUUUGAAGUUUCUACAAUUGAUUCUGAUGAUGUGACACUCUAUGAUGCUUGCACUGAUGCGAUGGACAUGAAGAGUACUUGUAAUGUUUUAUUGCAAUGAAGAGUCUUUGCUGCAUGUAUUACCUUAAUAAAUAUAUUGAAAAUCAUCUUUUCACUAA